GGCUCCCAGGCUUUCCUCUCAGCCUUGACUCCCGCCGAGCCGAGCCGGGGCCGGUGAACUCACAUCUGACCGGCGAUGCCCCGGGAGAUCAUCACCCUGCAGCUGGGCCAGUGCGGCAACCAGAUUGGGUUCGAGUUCUGGAAACAGCUGUGUGCCGAGCAUGGCAUCAGCCCCGAGGGCAUCGUGGAGGAGUUCGCCACCGAGGGCACUGACCGAAAGGACGUCUUUUUCUACCAGGCAGAUGAUGAGCAUUACAUCCCCCGGGCUGUGCUGCUGGACCUGGAGCCCCGGGUGAUCCAUUCCAUCCUCAACUCCUCCUAUGCCAAGCUCUACAACCCAGAGAACAUCUACCUGUCUGAGCACGGAGGAGGGGCUGGCAACAACUGGGCCAGGGGAUUCUCACAGGGCGAGAAAAUUCAUGAGGACAUCUUUGACAUCAUAGACCGAGAAGCAGACGGAAGUGACAGUCUCGAGGGAUUUGUGCUGUGUCACUCCAUUGCUGGGGGGACAGGUUCUGGCCUGGGCUCCUACCUCUUAGAGCGACUGAAUGACAGGUACCCCAAGAAACUGGUGCAGACAUACUCUGUGUUUCCCAACCAGGAUGAGAUGAGCGACGUGGUGGUCCAGCCCUACAACUCCCUCCUCACGCUUAAGAGGCUGACCCAGAAUGCGGACUGUGUGGUGGUGCUGGACAACACGGCCCUGAACCGGAUCGCCACAGACCGCCUGCACAUCCAGAACCCAUCCUUCUCCCAGAUCAACCAGCUGGUGUCCACCAUCAUGUCAGCCAGCACCACCACCCUGCGCUACCCCGGCUACAUGAACAAUGACCUCAUCGGCCUCAUCGCCUCGCUCAUCCCCACCCCUCGGCUCCACUUCCUUAUGACGGGCUAUACCCCCCUCACCACGGACCAGUCAGUGGCCAGUGUGAGGAAGACAACAGUCCUAGAUGUGAUGAGGCGACUGCUGCAGCCCAAGAACGUGAUGGUGUCCACAGGCCGGGACCGCCAGACCAACCACUGCUACAUUGCCAUCCUCAACAUCAUCCAGGGAGAGGUGGACCCCACCCAGGUCCACAAGAGCCUGCAGAGGAUCCGGGAAAGGAAGUUGGCCAACUUCAUCCCCUGGGGCCCAGCCAGCAUCCAGGUGGCCCUGUCCAGGAAGUCUCCCUACCUGCCCUCAGCCCACCGGGUGAGCGGGCUCAUGAUGGCCAACCACACCAGUAUCUCCUCGCUUUUUGAAAGUUCCUGCCAGCAGUAUGACAAGCUGUGGAAGCGGGGGGCCUUCCUUGAGCAGUUCCGAAAGGAGGACAUCUUCAAGGACAACUUUGAGGAGAUGGACAGGUCCAGGGAGGUGGUGCAGGAGCUGAUUGAUGAGUACCAUGCGGCCACGCGGCCAGACUACAUCUCCUGGGGCACUCAGGAGCAGUGAUUACAUCCUCUGCUGCACUCUGGACAAGAAGCACAACCCUCGCCACGCCUGGAUCCUCUGACACAACUUCAUCUCACCUCUCUAGGUUCCUGUCCAGUGUAGGACCUGCUUCUGUCAAUUCCUUUUCAUUCCUGGCUCUUUAUAUGCUUGCUUAGUUCUAGUGAGAUAAUAAAACUUGAUGACAAAUAUA